AUGUUUUCCUUCACACCCCUCCUCGGCGCCCGCUCCGAGUCGACCGCCUCACAGUCGCUGCUUGAGCUAGACGGCGGCGUCAAGGUCCUAAUUGAUGUCGGCUGGGACGAGUCCUUUGACCCUUCCCUCCUGCGCGAACUCGAGAAACACGUCCCGACCCUCUCGCUGAUCCUGCUCACGCACGCGACCAUCAACCACCUCGGCGCCUACGCCCACUGCUGCAAACACUUCCCGCUGUUCACACGCAUCCCGGUGUAUGCGACCCGACCGGUGAUCGAUCUGGGUCGCACUCUGACCCAGGACCUGUACGCGUCGAACCCCCGCGCUGCUACGACCAUCCCUAAGUCCUCCCUCGCCGAAACCGCGUUUGCCUUCCCCCAAGCCGCCGGCGGUGCUGAGUUGCCCUCCUCCCUCCUGCUCCAGCCCCCAACCCCCGACGAAAUCAUCCGUUACUUCUCCCUCAUCCAGCCCCUCAAAUAUUCCCAGCCACACCAACCCCUUCCCUCCCCCUUCUCACCCCCUCUCAAUGGGCUCACCAUCACCGCCUACAACUCGGGCCACUCCCUCGGCGGCACAAUCUGGCACAUCCAGCAUGGACUCGAGUCCAUCGUCUACGCCGUCGACUGGAACCAAGCGCGCGAGAAUGUCUUCGCGGGCGCAGCCUGGCUCGGUGGCGGGCAUGGUGCGGCGGUAGGUACUGAGGUGAUCGAGCCGCUGAGGAAACCGACCGCGCUCGUGUGUAGCAGUCGCACGCCUGAUGCGGCGCUGCCUAGGGCACGGAGGGACGAGCAGCUGCUCGAGAGUGUGAAGUUGUGUAUUGCGCGGGGUGGGACGGUGUUGAUCCCUGUGGAUUCGAGUGCGCGCGUGCUGGAGCUGGCGUACCUACUAGAGCAUGCCUGGAGGACGGAGGUUGCGAAGGAGAAUGAGGUGUUCAAGGGGACGAAAUUGUAUCUUGCUGGGCGCAGCGUGGGGAGCACGAUGCGCAAUGCGAGGAGUAUGCUCGAGUGGAUGGAUGAUAGCAUUGUGCGGGAGUUUGAGGCUGUUGCCGGCGGCGCAAGGACGACAAAUGGCGGGGCUAAUGCCAGCGGAGGGAAUAAGGCUAAGGAAGCGGGCCCGUUCGACUUUAAGUAUCUCCGCCUGCUCGAGCGCAAGGCCCAGAUUGAGCGUGUCCUGCAGCAGGCGACAUCCCCGCCGGAAGGGGAGUCGCCCAAGGGCACUGUCAUCUUGGCUACGGAUACGAGCUUGGAUUGGGGCUUCUCCAAGGACGUGUUGAAGGCUAUCGCCUCCGACGCACGCAACCUGGUCAUCCUAACCGAGAAACCCAACCUCGCGAACCCCGACCGCCCUUCCAUCGCCCGUAUGCUAUGGGACUGGUGGCGCGAGCGGCGCGACGGCGUUGCGGUCGAACAGACCGCCUCCGGCGACACCUUCGAGCAAGUGUAUGGUGGCGGGCGGGAGCUCAGCGUGCCCGAAUCCACGCGUCACCCGCUCGAGGGCUCCGAGCUGACAGUCUACCAGCAGUGGUUAGCGACACAGCGCCAGCUACAGGCAACGCUGCGGUCCGGUGGCGCGGCUGGGGCGCUAGAGGCGUCGGCUGACGUGGUUGACGACGCGUCGGAGACAACGACCGAAUCAGAGGAGUCAGAGACAGAGCAGCAGGGCAAGGCGUUGAACGUGUCGACGACGAUUGGACAGGCGAGCAGGAAGAAGGUUGUGUUGACGGAUGAGGAUUUGGGGAUUACGAUAUUGCUCAAGAAGAAGGGCGUUUACGACUUUGAUGUGAGGAAUAAGAAAGGCAGGGAGAGGAUGUUUCCUACGGUGCUGAGGAGAAAGAGGGUUGAUGAGUUUGGCGAGUUGAUCAGGCCGGAGGAUUAUCUGCGUGCUGAGGAGAGGGAAGAUGAGGCUGAUGCUGCGGCGGCUGCGAAUACCCAGGAUGCUUCGAAGCCGGAGCACAACCUCGGCAAGAAGCGCAAGUUCGACGAUGUCGCUGCCGCGACGGCUAACACCACCUCCCCGGCCAAACGACCUGCUCGUCGGGGCUCCAUUGACGAGGGAGAUGGCGCCCUCUCUGGCCCGGCUUCAUCAGAUGGCCAGCCCGGCGACGAGCUCGAUGAGCUGGAAGAUGACGAAGAAGCCGUCCUCGGCCCAGCCAAGCUGGUUGUUGCUCAACAGACAGUCCAAGUACACCUGCGCAUCGCCUUUGUCGACUUCAGCGGCUUGCACGACAAGCGCAGCCUGAACAUGCUCAUUCCACUCAUCCAACCCCGCAAGCUCAUCCUCGUAGGCGGCACCGAAGAAGAAACCCUCUCCCUAGCCGAAGACUGCCGCAAUCUCCUGGGCGCGGCUCCCUCUCAGCCCGAAGGAGCAGAGGCCAUGCCGACCAAGACGGUCUCCGCCGAUAUCUUUACUCCCCUCCUAAACGAAACGAUCAACGCCUCCGUCGACACCAACGCCUGGUCCGUCCUGCUAACCGACUCCUUCGUCAAACACCUCAAAUGGCAGACUGUUCGCGGGCUCGGCAUCGUCACCGUCACGGGUCUUUUGCUGCCGCCCGGCGUUGAGCCGCUCUCCCAACCCGCGCAGCAACAACAACCUCAAGAACCGGACUCGAAACGCGCCAAGUUGGAUUUAUCUCUCCCUGUGCCGUUGACUACACCCGAAACAGCCAACCGCUCUUUACCUACGUUAGACAUCCUCCCUCCCCAACUCGCGGGAGCUACAGUCCGCAGCGGCGGCGUGCAGCCGCUGCAUGUAGGCGAUCUGAGAUUAGCAGAUUUGCGCAGGGGGUUGCUGGCUGCGGGGCAUAGAGCUGAGUUUAGAGGGGAGGGCACGCUGCUUGUGGACGGGAGCGUUGUAGUCAGGAAGACGGGAGCUGGACGGGUGGAGGUGGAGAGUAUCGGAUUAGGUGUGAAUCAGGAAGAGAAAGGGGGUUGGGGGACGUUGCUGGCGGUUAGGAGGAGGAUUUAUGAAGGGUUGGCUGUUGUUGGGGCGGCGUAG